CCCAAGCUCGGGCUCGUCGGCACUGGGACGUUGCUCUGUCAGUUUCGGUUUUACGUGGUUGCGGUUGCCAGCAAUAUUAAUAAUAAUAAAAAAAGACACGUUCUAUCGAGUGGGGAAAGGAAUAUUCGUUUAUUUUAUUUUUUGCUUUGUCGUUCGAAGGGAAGAGCUAAUGUCGUGCACAAGAAGCGUGGGCGUAGUGAUUGUGUAAGGAACAUCCACGUCGGGCAGGAAAAAAGAAAAAAAAAAAGAUCGCUGGCUUUUUCUCACAAAGUGUGGUACCGAAUAGCACAUCGCUUGGGCCGCAAGCUUGGAAGAGUUCAGUCGGUGACCGUGCCGUUCAUUCGAACAGUUGCUGCGACCUUCUCUUCCUGCUCGGACCAGCGUCGCCGGUGCAAGACACCUGCCAACGGCGCCAGCGCUCAACCAUUCCCGUCGCCAUGCGGACAGUCGCGGUUCCCGUCCUGGUCCUGUGCUGGCUCCUGGUGGCGAGCGCCGUCGCGUCCACCCCGCGCCAUGACCACGAAAACGAGUUGUCGUCGUCGUCGAUGUUGAAGGGCGGAACAUCGGCUGUGCGCGGAGGAGACGUGGCGGUGGACACGCUGACCACCAUCGAGUGCCACCGGCGAGAGUACUCGUUCCGAGCCACGCGCACCGACGGAAACGGGAACCGCUGCUGGGACGACGUCACCGCCAUGUCCUGCUGGGGACGCUGCGACUCCGGAGAGAUUGCCGACUGGCGGUUCCCGUUCAAGAAGUCCUUCCACCCGGUCUGCACGUACGGCUCACGCAAGCUGGUGCGCGCGCAGCUGCGCUUCUGCGAUCCCGACGACCUGGACGAGGGCGACGAGCUACGUGCGUACGAGUACUACGAGGCGCUCAGCUGCUCGUGCCAGGUGUGCGACUCCACCUGGACCAGCUGCGAGGGCUUCAGGCAUCCAUAGACUCCACCGACAGCCCAAAAAGAAUGGCAGCAG